AUGAGAGUGCACUACCUAGAGCUGACCCGCCUGUCUGUACCCCAGCUGACCCGCCUGUCUGUACCCCAGCUGACCUGCCUGUCUGUACCCCAGCUGACCCACCUGUCUGUACCCCAGCGUACCUGCCUGUCUGUACCCCAGCUGACCCGCCUGUCUGUACCCCAGCUGACCUGCCUGUCUGUACCCCAGCUGACCCACCUGUCUGUACCCCAGUGUACCUGCCUGUCUGUACCCCAGCUGACCCGCCUGUCUGUACCCCAGCUGACCUGCCUGUCUGUACCCCAGCUGACCCACCUGUCUGUACCCCAGUGUACCUGCCUGUCUGUACCCCAGCUGACCCGCCUGUCUGUACCCCAGCUGACCUGCCUGUCUGUACCCCAGCUGACCCGCCUGUCUGUACCCCAGCUGACCCGCCUGUCUGUACCCCAGCUGACCUGCCUGUCUGUACCCCAGCUGACCCGCCUGUCUGUACCCCACCUGACCCGCCUGUCUGUACCCCAGCUGACCUGCCUGUCUGUACCCAAGCUGACCCACCUGUCUGUACCCCAGCGUACCUGCCUGCCUGUACCCCAGCUGACCUGCCUGUCUGUACCCCAGCUGAACCGCCUGUCUGUACCCCAGCUGACCUGCCUGUCUGUACCCCAGCUGACCCGUCUGUACCCCAGCUGA